CCUGAAGCGCUAGGUUGUAAUUUCGCAUUCGCGUAUCAGCGCUAUGUUUGUACCUACCCGCUUUCCGUCACAAGCUUUUACGUGGCAGUACCAGUAAAGCUCGUCGUUCAACUUAAACCAGCCUUGACGAAAAUCUUCGCCUCCAUAGUUCGCUCUUCAUGGUGGUGGUGACGCCGGCGCUAGGAGGAUGUUUACAUGCUCGGAGAUUGUCCUUCUCCUCGCCGUCAUGGUGGCCACGGCGUCCGGCUACUUCGUUAGCAUAGACGCGCACGCCGAGGAGUGUUUCUUCGAGCGCGUGAACUCGGGCACCAAGAUGGGCCUCAUGUUCGAGGUGGCCGAGGGAGGAUUCCUGGACAUUGACGUGGAGAUAACAGGGCCAGAUGGAAAGCAAAUUUAUAAAGGAGACCGUGAGUCCAGUGGAAAGUACUCUGUUGCCGCCCAUAUGGAUGGAACCUAUAAAUUUUGCUUCAGCAACAAGAUGUCCACCAUGACCCCCAAAAUCGUGAUGUUUACCAUCGACAUAGGCGAAGCGCCUAAGGAUCAAGACAUGGAGACGGAAGGCGGUGGUGACAGCUGGGAUGCUCACCAGAACAAGCUGGAAGAGAUGAUCAAUGAAUUGGCGGUAGCAAUGACAGCUGUGAAGCACGAGCAGGAGUACAUGGAGGUCCGGGAAAGAAUACACAGAGCAAUCAAUGACAACACUAACAGCAGGGUGGUGCUGUGGUCAUUCUUCGAAGCAUUGGUCCUUGUUGCCAUGACCCUGGGACAGAUUUACUACCUGAAGAGAUUUUUUGAAGUACGGAGAGUCGUGUAAAAUACGCUUCCUUUUGCUCCUUCAAACCAGCCAUUUACUACUCUAAAGAUUGGAUAUCCAGCCUCAUCAAACUACAGAAGAGCCCUCAUUUUCAUUCAUACAGUUUCUACCUUUUAUCUUUACAUCUCUAAAUGUUUCCAUAUAUUUGAUUUGAGAAGCGAUGACCUUUCAGACAGAUCUUUUGGGUUCACUUUUAAUUUCUUUUAAGCCCUGAUUCUUUCUAUGUAAUCACUUUAUUUUGUAGAACUGACACCCCCAACAUCCCCCCCCCCCCCCCCCCCC